UCGCCAUAGCAACCGAGUGUAUCUUUCCAUCUCCAUCAAGUACAAAUGGUGUACGAAUACAAGAAUUAGAUACAAAUCGACCAAGACUUUUCCUGCUAAAUUUCUACGAUUUUAUAACUCCAGUGUGCUCUAGAGUGAUUCUUUCCCAGAAGAAAGUAUACGUAAAUACGAAGGGCUGUGGGACAGAUAACUUCAAUGGAAGAUUCAAAGGAAGAUGUCCCACCUGAGCAGGAAGAGGUGAAGGAUUCCCAGAAAAAGGGAGAUCGAAAAGAAAAGUCAAAAGACAAAAGACCUGAAUCAAAACUAGAUAAAAAGACCCAGAAGCUUAUUGCUGAUUUAAAAAGAUGCAAGAUACAAAUGGAAGAAGCAAAGAAAGCCAUACAAAAGCCUCCAGUAAAACUCUUCACACCAGACAUAUUCAACAGUCUAUCACCUUACUACAAUGUCUACACUGUCAAUUAUCUACUAAAAGAUCUAGAAAACCAGGAUCAAAGCCCUCUCAGACAACCAUGGGGACAAAGAGCAACGGCUCUUGGAUUACCAGAUCCCGAGUUGUCAUUAAAGAUGGACAAAAUUCCAGGCCCGGUCAAUCCAUCACGGAUUCCUGGAACGCUUUUCAGAUCCAAGACUUGGGCUAAAAACAUAGUGGAUCCAGAAAAGAACCUAGGUAGUACACGUCUGCCACCGCUACCAAUGCCUUCUGUUCCCAAAUUCCACCAUGCAACUUUCCAGCCUCAUAAAAUGACCUUCGACGAACUACAAAAUUUCAGGACCGAAAUGAAGAAUGUGUUGGUCGAAAUGGAAGAAAAACGUGCCAAAAAGGAUUACGACCGAACGCUGAAGGACUGGGAACGAAUGAACCUGUCGGAACUAAAGAGCCUGCCCCCUCAGUCUCGCUAUCAUGUCAAGAAGGCGAUCCACUCUUAUCUUGGUACAUCACAGGGUUCAGCAAAGGCAUUGAGACCUCUGACUAAAGAAAUAUGGGAUGAAAAGUCUGAUCAGAUGGUGAAAUGAGAAUAAGAAAUGAGAAAUGGGAAAGUAUUAACGUUUACAAUGUUAUGGAUCAAUGUACGCUUUAAGCAUUUUGUUUUCUAUUUUAAGCCUUUCGGGAAUUGCAUUUUUAUUUUGACUCUAUCAUCGAUACAAAAGUAUUUUUUGCGAUUCUGAUAAAGAAAGGCAUAACAAUCAAUGGAAUGGCAUGCGGUCUGAAGUCGAAAAACUUGACGGACAAAUAAGGAGAAUUAUCGUGGUAUUAUCGCAACGGAUUGGAGAAGAUAGAAUAGAAUUGCUUUUAAUUUUCCUGAGGAGAAGAAAGAAGAGGACGCAUGGUUUAAAAAGGUUUCCGAUUUAAUCUCAUUGAAAACCGCUGUAUUUGAGAAAACUAUUGUAGAUUUUUCUUGAAUGAAAAUAUUUUCAGUUUCCUGUUUUUAUAAAUCAAUAUUGGUAAUGUUUUUCCAGAGUUUUACCAGCAAUUAACUCAGUGUAUUGUGGAGUCUAUACUARAAAAAUAGUUGAAUUUAUGGACGAUGUUUGAACAAACAAAUCUGAAUAUGUAAAUAGAUGUCAUAUACCACAGUUCGUUCAGCAUGUUCUAUUUCAACUUAUGAAGACUCAAGUGUGACAACUAAAGGUAAUAAAAGCGUGUUGUACCGAC